AAUGUUAUUCAACGAAUUUUCAUUAAAAUUCAACAAGAGGCAAGCUCCGUGAGAGGUUAGAUUAUUGGCGGGCAGGCACAUGGACACACACACACAUACCCACGCACACAAACUUCACAGCUGGUGUGCCUUCCUCUAGCAGAGACCGACAGAAGCAGGUCGUCCGCUCUAAGCUGCAAACGCUCAUCUCUCCUUUCCACCACCUCUUUCACUGUUUGUAUGAAAACUUUGAAAGGGUGAGGGGUGAAAUGUGAAAGAAAAACGUUUAGAAUAACGAAGAAGAAGCAGGACAGAAAAGAUCAAGUCCGAGAAAAGCAGUGGAGCCGGGAGAAAGAGGGAGCUAUGCCAUCUCCCGCCGAGCAGAGCCCAGUCCUCCUCAGUUGCGUGUCGGAUCUACAGCAUGGUGUCUCUUUCUGGACUCUGGAGCCGCUGCCUCGCCCCGGGGAGAAACCCUCUCAUUUUCAUCUCUGUCAGAGUGCUUCUGCUUCUCCUUCUCCUGCUAACCCCCUUCUCCUCUGCCGAGACCUGUUUCCCUCACCCGGCACCCUGCCACAUCCUGGCGCGGAUCGGACACACGGUGCGCCUCGGUGCGCUCCUGCCGACCCGCCAGCCGGCACGGAUACAGAACGCGCUCAACCGCGCCCUGGCGAGUAUCCGGCACCAGAGCGGCGGGACGGACUCCACCACCGCCUCCUCCCAGCCGGCUCCUCUGUUGCCCUACAACCUGACCCUGGAGAUGGUGGUGCGGUCGCCCGCGGGAUGGGAGCCGGAGUCGCUUUCCCACAGCGCCUGCCAGGACCUGGUGGUCAGGGGUGUGUCAGCCGUGCUCGCUUUUCCACGCUCCAGGGAGGAGCUGAUCCAGGUGGAGUUCCUCUCCUCUUUCCUGGAGAUUCCUUUCGUUUCCAUCCUGGAGGACACAGAACCCCUGGUGACUAAGAAUCGGUAUCACCUGCAAAUGUCGGCCCGUGUGCCUCCGUCAACCCUGGGAAGCUUGCUGCUGGCAGUCCUGCAGAGUGGAGAUGGGGGCAGGGACAGAGGGAAUCGAGGAGAAGACAGGUGGGGAGGAGCAGCUGUGAUUUGCCCUGGAUGGGACGAAGGCGGAGAUGGCUUGCUGACUCACCUGCAGAGGCACAGUGGUCCUGCUUGGCAUUUGUGGGACAUCAUCAACCUGACUCGCAUCACAGGGGAUAGAGAUAUAAGGGGGGAGGCCGGUGAGGAUCGGAGGGAGGAUCAAAUGGAAGAAGAGGCUUUGAACAUCAUCUCUUCCAGUUUCCUGCGCUCCCCCUCGCCGAUCUCCUCCGUGCUCCUCAUGGGAUCUGACCCGGAGUGUCUCUCAUCUGUCCUGCGGGCCGCUCAGCGUCUUGCACCAUCACUUCCAGCACUGCAGUGGAUCAUGGGAUAUCCUUUGUCCCCUGAUUCACUUCACACUCUGGGAGGUCCCCUCGGACUGUUGGCCUACGGGGAGGUCGGCCGCAAGCCGAUAAGCUUCUACAUACGGGAUGCCUUGCAGCUGAUUGGUCGAGCGGUGACUGCAGCCACCAUGGUGCAGCCGGAGUUAGCACUAGUUCAGAACUUGGUAAACUGUUACGACAAACCAAACAAGCAUGAAAUACCAUCGUCUGGACAAUAUCUUUCCAGGUUUCUGUCCAACAUUUCCUUCACUGGUUCCACUGGACUGAUUCAAGUGGAUGCUUAUGUUUCUCGAGUCCUCUCCUCACAACUGUUUCACGUAUGGAGUCUCAAAAGAGGAGCGCUGGGUCAGCCAGCUUGGGUUACUGUAGGACAGUGGACCCGUGGUCGACUAGAGCUUGAGGGGGGCAUUUUGGGACUGUUGGGAGGGCUUGGAAACAGCCAGGGGCAAGGCCUUGGAGCUGGCGUUAGAGGAGGGGAUGGCCAGGGGGACAGCUAUUUUGGAGGACGCUGGAGGCCAGGACUUUCCGUAGAGGGACACCGCCUACGUGUGGUGACGCUGGUUGAACAUCCAUUUGUCUUCACACGAGAGGUGGAUGAAGACGGUUUGUGUCCAGCUGGUCAGCUCUGUCUGGACCCUAAAACCAACCGGUCCGACAUAAUCAACGGCCUCUUCAACCAACUUCAUAACCCCAACUCUACAUUGAUGGACUGGGAAGGAAUUGACUUACCAGGGGACCUGAGAAAAUGCUGCUAUGGAUACUGCAUUGACUUAUUGGAGAAACUGGCAGAGGACAUGGGAUUUACCUUUGACCUUUACAUUGUGGGAGAUGGAAAGUAUGGUGCAUUGAGCGGGGCAGGGCGCUGGACCGGCCUUGUGGGGGACCUCCUGAAUGGAACAGCUGACAUGGCUGUCACCUCUUUCUCCAUCAACUCUGCCAGGAGCAGAGUCAUAGAUUUCACGUCUCCCUUUUACUCCACCAGUCUGGGCAUUCUGGUUCGUAGCCGGGACACAGCAGCGCCCAUUGGAGCCUUCAUGUGGCCACUCCACUGGUCCAUGUGGGUGGGCAUUUUCGUUACGCUGCAUCUCACAGCGCUCUUCCUCACCUUGUACGAGUGGAACAGCCCCUUCGGCAUGACGCCCCAUGGCAGGAACCGGCUACGCGUCUUCUCCUACUCGUCAGCCCUCAAUCUUUGCUACGCAAUACUGUUUGGACGCACUGUCGCCACCAAGACUCCUAAAUGCUGGACGGGACGCUUCUUGAUGAACCUUUGGGCUAUUUUCUGUUUACUUGUGUUGUCCAGCUACACUGCCAACCUGGCUGCAGUAAUGGUUGGAGAGAAAACCUUCGAACAGGUUUCAGGAAUUCACGACGACAAGCUGCACCAUCCCUCUAUGGGCUUCCGAUUUGGGACGGUGAGGGAGAGCAGUGCUGAGGAUUACAUGAAGAAGAGCUUCCCAGAGAUGCACGACUACAUGAGACGCUUUAACCAGCCCACAACCCCAGAGGGUGUGCACAUGCUAAAGACAGAUCCUCCGGCCCUGGAUGCAUUCAUCAUGGAUAAAGCCCUGCUUGACUUUGAGGUCUCCAUCGAUGCAGAGUGCAAGCUGCUCACAGUGGGGAAGCCUUUUGCCAUUGAAGGCUAUGGCAUAGGCCUUCCCCAGGGCUCUCCUCUGACCCGUAAUGUGUCAGAGUUUGUGAGUCGCUACAAGUCUGACGGCUUCAUGGAUAUGCUACAUGACAAAUGGUAUAAGGUUGUGCCCUGCGGAAAGAGAGUCUUUGCAGUCACCGAGACUCUACAGAUGGGGAUCCAGCAUUUUUCUGGUCUGUUUGUGUUGCUGUGCAUGGGUGUCGGUGGAGCUCUGCUGACCUUGGCAGGUGAACACACCUUCUAUCACCUGGUGGUCCCCCGCCUCCGGCGCUCAAACACCCUGCAGUACUGGCUGCACACCAGCCAGAAAAUCCACAGAGCGCUCAAUACUACAUAUGAGGAUGUCGGGAAGGAGCUGACCGGCCUUGACCAAAAACCCUCAUCUUGUAUCUCAGAAAACUGCACCUUACACAGGAAACAGCAUCAGCCUCCUCCACCGUCACCACCCACAUCCCUCCCUGCUUCCACUACAGCUGGUGAAACUGGAAGCUCCUCACCGUCUCAUGAAACCAAGGAGAAACGUGUUCACUUUGACCUGGACACACUUCACAGCUACCGCCUGCGCACACAUACAGCAUCGGUGCGUGGCAGGCCGGGCAUGGUCGGCCGUCCUGGUCUUGGUCUGGGAGGGUUUGGGUUCGGCAGCCUGGGCAGUUUUACCUCUCCUCCUCAGAUUAAUCUCCACGUCAACGGGGGCCCAGUAUCGACCCUAGCAUCCACGGGUUUGGUGCUCUCUCCCCUGGGAAAUAGGGCUACCCAGACUAGCUUGUGGGAGGGGGAACUCCAGGAUCUUCAGAUGAAGAUCGAAACCUACCGCAACCAGCUGAGAGAGGCUCUGGCUCGAAGAGCUGAGAUCCAGACCAGCCUGGAGAGAGAGAGAAGCGGACUACUACGCAGGGACACCAGUCUGGAGAGGGAAAGAGACAGGCAGAGGGUACAGACUAUUACCACAGACAGAAGUAGUUGCGCUCAGUCCAAACUCCCUGAAAGAGACAGGACCAGCCAGCUGCAAACCCUGAACAAUCAGCAGACAGGGAGACCUAACCAGACAGCUGCAGCUGGUACUGUGGGGCUUGGAAGAAGCAGCCAGUUAAACACAGUGAACAGUUUGGACAGAGGAAGGGCCACUCAAUCACGCCCCGGUGUUACUGUGACAGGAGAAAGGACUGUCCAAUCACGCACUUCUACUAGUUUGGAGCGAAGUCAAGUCAACCAACAAGAUGCUGGGAACAUAACAGUCCAAACAAGGAACGCUUCUAGCCUGGACAGACAAAAGGCCAAUGUAUCAAACACUCUGAACACUUUGGAGAGGACAAAAGCCAACCAGUCAAGUGUAAGCAGUGGAACCUGAUCGGUUCUCUGAAGCCUUUUGGUGUGUAGAAAUUAAUAGAAAACCAGUCAGGUGGUGCUCUCAUAGCCGUGGGAAGAUUUCACCCUUUUGCCAUUUGGGACCUUAGAAGCUCUGGUCUUUUCCUACCUGAACUUUUCAGGUAGGAAAAGCUCUCUGGCACAGUAUGUUUCAUACUAACCCUGUGUCAGUUCAUACCUGACCCCCGUUUUUUUCUGUUUUUGCUUUUUUGUCAUAUCAUGUCAAAUUUUAAUAAAAUGAUAACCUAAGUAAGUACAAUCAGCAGUUUUGAGUUUUCAAACAAUUAAUUAAUGUAUUAAGGGAAAAAACUAUCUGAACUAAUCUAGUCCUAUGUGAAAAUAUACUGCACUCAUCCGUUCAAGAGGUCACAAAAGAACCCAGAACAAUUUCUAAAGCACUGCAGGCCUCACUUCCUUCUGUUAACUUUAGUGUUCAUGAUUAGUAGAAAAGAGACUAGGCACAGAACAGCAAGUCCAACUGAAUAAAAACAAAAUAAAGAAACAAAAUGAAGAUUUUGGAGCAGCCUAGUCAAAGUCUAGAUUUCAAUCCAAUUAUGAUGCUUCAGCAUGACCUCAAUCAGGCCACUCUUGUGCAAAAUGGCCAGAUUGUGGCAAAAUUAAAACAAUUCUGCAAGGAACAUCUGACCAAAAUUCCUCCACAGCAAUGCAAAAGACUUACUGCCAGGUUUCACAAACGCACUAUACCAGCCAUUGCUGCCAGUGGUGGCACAGAUAAGGCCAACUAGGUUUUCAUAACUUUUUUUCCCUUAAUAAAUGAAAUCAAAAUUUGUCAUCUGUUGCCCUGUGAUAGAUUGCCGUCCUCUCCAGGGCGAACUCAGCCUUUCACCCAACGACUGAGGAGAAAAGCAGAGAAAUUUGUAUGGUGGCAAAUAUUGUUUUAAAGCACUGUACCUAACAAGAAAAUAAACACACAAUGAUCUAAGUAGAUAGGUAUAAAAUGAAAGUGAGAAGUGACAAAAUGGCUAUGCAUGGAUAUGAAAUGGGGGUACAAAUUGGCAAGGGGGGUGAAAUCAACCAGAGUCCGUUGGAGUUCAUUGGUUUUGUAGGUGAGGAUAAAGAUGGCAGAAAGCAGGAAAUGUUUUGUCACAAUUUAAUUUAUAGCAAUAGAUCUGCUUUUCACUGACUAAUUUCCAGUCUCAAAACUGAAGCUUAAGUUAUGAUGAAACUUCUACAUUUACCCUGCAAUAACAAUAAGUAGUAUAGGCCAACAAUAAUUGUAAUGAUGUCUUAAACCCCUAAAUCAGAAAGAUUAAAAUGGGUGGAAGGAAAAACAAGCGAACUUUCUGUGGCAAUUCAUAUCAAGAUUGAUUAACCACAACUGAUUAAAAAACAGAUGGGCUCUGGCAAGUACAUAGAUAAUCAUUGGCAAGAGGGCGGAAAAUCAGUUUUAAUCCAAUAUAAAAGAAGACUAACUAAAUUUAAAAUUUGAAGUAGAAUUAAAUGCAAAUGCAAAACAACAACCGUAUACAGGAAUUUGCCAAAACGAUGGAAAAAAGAAGAAACUAUAAAGGUGGAGUAGCACAGACUGAAAAUACUUGAAAUCAUGAAAUUAAAUUGACUCGAGCUGUAUCUGUCUUGAUAUUAUGUUCUGUCCUUCGGCCACCAAGUCAGAAUAUGUUUUUCAUUUUUUUUUCACUUUGUUAAAUGUAAUUGUCUUUCUGGUCCUGUUGGGUAAUGGAAAUAUAUGAUAAUGGAAAAUA